AUGUCUUCAACUAGCAGCCGCAUGUCAGAUUCGCGCGACAUCUGGGGUCGGCGUGCAGCCCCCAAGGUCGAGAUCGAACUAGACGGGCAGAAACCAGGACUAGUCAGCUCGUAUACCACUGGAGAUCAAAUUCAUGGAACUGUGACCGUCUCGGUCGAACACGAUACCAGGUUCGAUGAUAUUGAAAUCAUCUUUCAAGGAAUUUCGCAUACCACUGUUGAGCGGGCAGCAUGCCCUGGGCGAACCGGCUCGAAACAAAUGUUUCUGAAGCUGCGCCAGCCGAUUCAACCGGAUGAAUAUCCAACGCCACGAGUUCUGGAAACAAACCAACUCUACAAGUUUCCUUUUACUUUUGUUGUUCCAGAUCGCUUGCUGCCGCAUGUGUGUACCCACGAAACCUGCAAUGCCCAGAUCCACCAGUCGCACACCAUGCUUCCACCAACAUUGGGAGACCCGAUGAUCUCAGGGAACGGGAAGACCCUUCUAAAUGACAUGGCCCCUGACAUGGUUCGGAUCGCGUAUGUCAUCCGGGCGUCCGUCCUGGCACGAUCCACAACCGACAACGGUCGAUUGAAGACUCUGGCCAACGUGGGGAAGAAGAUCCGCAUAAUUCCUUACACAGAAGAAGCCCCUCCGAUCCCUAUCCUCGAUAACGCAAACUACUGGCUGAAGAAGGAGAAGAGCGUGAAACGCGGGUUCUUGCGCAGCAAACUCGGUCGAAUGACUGCGUCGUCAACUCAGCCUAACCCCGUUCAACUUCUUCCGCCUGACUGCGACCAGCGUGUGAGCACUGUGGCGAACGUGAAGCUUCGUUUCGACCCAGUGAGCGACGAACAACCACCGAUGCUAGGCUCGUUGGUGAGCAGGUUGAGAGUCAAUACAUUUUACAGCGCCACGCCCUGGGAGGAUUUCCCAUCGCAGUCUGGAUCUGUCCCCUUCUCUCAUAUUGGCCAGGGACUCUUCACAGAGACUGUUCCUUUGUCUACCAUGUGUGUAGCCUCAGCGAAAUGGAAGAAACACAGCACAGCAGACGUAGAACGGCGCGACUCGGUAGAUUCAACGUUCUCGGAGGCUUCGUCGCAGGCUUUAUCGCAGGGUUCAACGGCGUCUUCGUCCACCUUCUACACUGCCUCUCUCGUGAUCCCGAUCAACCUCCCAGACACAAAAGCCUUCGUACCAACCUUCCAUACUUGCCUUAUAUCUCGCAUCUACGCCCUAGACCUGUCUCUCUCAUAUCACACACCGCAAGCCAACAUCCUCACCCCGACCAUCUCGCUCCGUCUUCCCAUACAAAUCACCACCCCGCCCAAGUAUGCCAAUGCGGUCAAAACCUCUCUCGACGUUCUUGUGACGGAGGCAGAGCUAAACGAAUUUUUCAGGCCACGCUCAAUCGCGCCAUUGAUGCACGAAGCGGUUGUGGACGUGAGCCCUCCCCCGGAUUAUUCGGAGACGAUUGUUCGACCUCUGCCUGCCUUCUCAUGA